AUGAGGAUAGACGGUUACAGUAGUCUAAACGGGAAGACACAAAGCUUAGAGGCGACUUUAUCUGCGCAGACACACCGUUCUACUUUUGUCCAACUAAGACACAAAAACAUUCACUUUAGAGAUAUAGGCCUUUUUAAAGAACAACACAUUCUGACUGUUGUUUUUGUCUCUUCCAGUGAGCCUAAAGUAGCCAGCAGGAUAUUCCAGUGUUGUGCCUGGAAUGGAGGAGUGUUCUGGCUCAGUCUGUUUCUCUUCUACCGGGUCUUUAUCCCCCUGCUGCAGACCCUCACAGCAAAGAUCAUCGGUGACCCCUCCCUCCAUGGCAGCGUGUGGUCCUGGUUAGAAUUCAUCGUGACAUCCGUCUUCAGCGCCCUCUGGGUUCUCCCCUUGUUCGUCCUGAGCAAGAUAGUCAACGCCAUCUGGUUCCAGGAUAUAGCUGACCUUGCGUUUGAAGUGUCUGGCUGCAAAGCUCAGCCCUUCCCCAGCGUCAGUAAGAUCAUCGCAGACAUGCUGUUUAACCUGCUGCUCCAGGCGCUCUUCCUCAUCCAGGGUAUGAUUGUUAGCCUUUUCCCCAUCGAUGCGAUCGGUCAGAUGGUCAGCCUCCUCCACAUGUCUCUGCUCUACUCCCUGUAUUGCUUCGAGUAUCGUUGGUUCAACCACGGCAUCGAGAUGCACCAGCGACUGUCCAACAUCGAGAGGAACUGGCCCUACUACUUUGGCUUCGGUUUACCCAUGGCUCUGCUGACGGCCAUGCCCUCCUCAUACAUCAUCAGUGGCUGCUUGUUCUCCAUCCUCUUCCCUCUGUUCAUCAUCAGCGCUAAUGAGGCAAAGACGCCAACAAAACUAUAUCACUUCCAGCUGCGGCUCUUCUCCUUGGUCGUGCUGAUCAGCAACAAGUUUUUCCACAAAACUGUCCACCUGCAGUCCUCUCUGACGCCAUCCGCCUCAUCGGAGAAGCUGUCCUCGCCCCAAACCUCCCCGAACCGCCACAGACUGCUGCACAGCCAGUGAUGGAUCCACACCAUGAUGCCAAACAACAUUUGGCGUCAGACAGCGUGGUGGUGGGGAAGAAAAGUGACUCUUCCCUGAAGAUGAUGAUGAUACGCAAUGUAAAAUGAAGGGUUUAUGUAGAAUAUUGUAUCUAAGUCCAAACCAGGCACAUUUUGACUCACCCCUCAGUCUGAACACCUUAUAGAAACAUUUUAACAGCUGCAACUUUGUUUGUUUGGUCUUCUCUUUCAGUUGAAUUGUUUUAUUUGUAAAAUGUGCCAUUUUAAUGACUCAAUUUCAGAUUACAGCACAAGAAACCGUUUUAAUCUUGAGCAGAUGUACCCAAGUAGACCUUUUUUCUUUCUUUCUCUCUGUAAAGGACCUUAGAAGGAGCAGCAGUAGGUUUUACCUGCAGGAUUUUCAAACACAAACGUGUGAAUUCUUUCCCUGCUACCUUUCAGUCUCACAUGAGGUCAGGCAGGUUUAUGUUGCUGUUUAUAACCGGUAAGAAAGCCGCUCCUGUUUGGUGUCUCAUCCAACCAGCAGGGGAGAGUUUACCGUAUCCCCUGCUAGUUAUUGGCUGCUCACAGUGUCGACGCUGCCAAACCACUGCAGUUUUUCUUUUGUUUUUUUCCACUUAACCUACAAACAUGCAAAGCUCUGUGAUGAAACGGGGAGUCAAACACUUUCUUUUUAUAAAUUAGGUGAUCCGCCUCUUUUAGCGAAACCUGUGUCGUCCCCAGAGAGCUGUCCUUAUGUCUAACUCUCAAAGACUGUUUGUUUUCUUCUGUGCUGUAUCUCAUACCUCUUAAGCCUUCCUCCAGACACCUCGGCCCUCUCGCUAAUGUUUCCUCCUUCACUGACCGAGCUCAUGGCUGUGCAUAGAGGGCAGUGAUUCUCAAAAUGUGUGCAAUUCUAAAAGGAGCAUAGUGUUAGUGGUUUUAUUGUUUUUCUUUUUGUAAAAGUAAUUCACCUAAUUUGAAUAAAAUUUGGUCAGUAUUCAAUA